AAUAAUAAUAAUAAUAAUUUUUCUUAAGUAUAUAAUGUAUUAAUUAUCUGCUAAAUUAAUUGCUGGAUUGUGUGUGUGUGCGUGUGAACCUACUUUUUUACUCAAAAGUGAGCAAAACUGGUAUAAAAAUAGAGUAAAUAUUUUUAUUAUUUAUUGUAAAAAUGCAGGACGUUUUCUAUGAGGGGUAAGGUUAGGGGUACGGGUGGUAUUAGAUUAAAAAGUGUUUAACUAUAUGUAUAUAAAAUAAUAGAAGUCUGUGGAAUGUGCCCAUUUAGAUAACUAAGUAAACGUGUGUGUGUUGUUUUGUUUUGUUGUAUGGGUCGCAACCUUUCUCAUAGAAGCAAAUCUGUUGAGGAUAUUAGCCAAUUCAUUCAGAGGAUGUAGGUGGGGUUUGGGAAAUUCCAUGCUGUAGCAAGAGUUAUCAACACAAGAGAGCACUGUAGAGUCCUCAGUUCGAGAGGAAUGAAUUUAAAUCUAGUCAUACUUCACACACCUGUGUGGUCAAGACUAGCGAGACAUGUCAGGUCAAAUAGACACGUCGACAUUGCUCUUCGACGUCCCACCGGUGCUGAUGGGGUCUUUCUGCAGACUGAUGGACAGCGGGAUCGACGGUCUGGGAUGGAGAGCUUUAGCUACUCACAUCCUUCCCAGUCAGCUUGAUGUGAGAUGUACUGAAAUGUAUGUGGCUGCUGGGAAAAGUCCCACACAAGAGCUCAUGUGGUUGUGGGCCCAGCAGAAUAAAACAGUAGGGGAUCUUUUGAAGGUUCUGGAUGAGAUGGGUCAUACUAGAGCCAGGAGUCUUUUCCAAUCGCAAGACUCAUGCAAACUGAAGUCAUCCUCAGCCUCUCUGUUUGCCAAGUAUCUGCCAAACACUGAGAAGUCCUGUCAAACUCCAGCUCUUUAUCCAGAGUCUGUGUCUGUUAAAGGUGAAAAACUGAAGUAUUUCAUCACAUUUUCUGAAGUCAUAGAGGGAACGAGACAUUUCCACCAGGACUUAAAAAUAGGUUCGAGCGUGUUUGCCGAGGUCUACUGCGGAAAAUGGGGAAACAGGUCUUUUGUGGCAAAAGUUUUCAAACAGGAAAACAAGGCUAAUUGGAAGACGUUGUGGGAAAAAUUCACCAAAGAAAUUAAAGUUUUACAACUCUACCUGCAUCCUAAUAUCUUGGAGUUAUGGGGCAGCUUUUCAGAGGCAGAUCGCUUCUGUUUAGUUUAUCCGUACCUUCAUAACGGAUCAUUGUUCCACAGGCUUCAUGAGGAAGUUCAGAGGCCUCUAUCAUGGCAUGAAAGGCUGAACAUCAUCAAAGGCACCGCAAAGGCAGUCCACCAUCUACACACUGCACAACCGUGCAUGGUUAUUUGUGGAAACAUUACGAGUUCAAACAUACUUUUGGAUGAGCACCUGCAGCCCAAAUUAUCCGAUUUUGGAUUAGCUCAUCUCAGACCACACUCUGUGGACCAGAGCUGCACUAUCGUCAUGGAUAUAGCCUCCCAUUGCAACCUUGGCUAUCUGCCAGAGGAGUACAUCCGUGAUGGCAAGCUAUCAGUCAAACUUGAUGUUUAUAGCUUUGGCAUGGUUAUACUAGAGACCUGUACAGGACAAAAGGUGAAACACGAGUCAGCAAAAAAUCUGUUUAUGAGAGAUGUAUUGCAUUUCGAGUUUGAGGAAAAAAGCUCUGUGGAUGCCUGUCUGCGGUUUUUAGAUCCCAAAGUUGAGCAUUGGCCCACUGCGGUGGCACUUUGUCUGCUCCAAAUCGGACUAGAGUGCACAGGCAGCAAAAUGCGAGUCAGGCCGAGCAUGGAAAUGGUGCUUCAGAGACUAAACCAAAUUCUUCCCACACCUGCACAGCUUGAGGACCAGCCGCACACACUAGAUGAUACAUUCCCUCUUCAGCGACCAUAUAAUGGCCUCAGUCAGCGUCUAAACGUGCCCAUUGAAUUUGAUGAAAUGUACAGCCCACUGGAGGAACCGCUACCUCCCAGAGUUCCCAGUCUGGCAGAACCCUGCGAGUGCAGCCAGUCUGAGGUUACUUUCUUGAGGGUUGGAGAUGCAAACUUGUCGCAUUCCCUCAGGGAAUGUCUUCAGGAAAAUGACAAAGUGGUUUCAGCAUCACAAAGUCUGCAGUCAGACUCUGCAGCUUGCUUGGACUUAUAUGGGAGCUGGCCUGUGGAGUGCAGCUGUAGCACUGGAACCGAAGUGCUGGGAUGUGAGGACUGCUGUGCAAAUGGCUUCAGUCAGUGUGUUUUAUGUGUCACACAAGUAGAUUCAAGAGACCAUUCACAGUGAAAUCUGUCUCAGAAUUUUCAAACUUAAUUGUCAGCACAAACUAAUUUAUGUCCAAGCAGGCUCAGUAUUCAUUAAUAUCCAUUAUUUUUAUUUUUCAGAUGAUGAUGCCCAGCCCUCUCAGAAUGGCAUCACAAAUCCAGCAAAAGAGAAAAUAAAGAAUAAAAUUCAUCCGUACAACCAGGGGUUAAUAAAAACUGAAGAACUUCUUUCGCUUGAAUCAGAGUGAAUCAGUAAGGUUGGACAUCUCUAUUAAAAAAAAAAACAUUCAGCAAUGGGUUGUGCUGGUGAUCAUUUUGUUUAAAUGUUUGUUGCUUCUUUAAAAAAUUAUUUGAAGAUAUGUUAACAGUAUUUUUACAUAAUAAUUAUUCCCAAACCGAGUUUAUAAAAUAAAAAAGAUUAAAAGUGGGUGUGGGUAAUAAAAAUUGUUUCUAAAAGAAUAUUAAAAAUUAAAAAAACUUUUACGCAGACUUAUACUGUCACUUUAAGAGGGUGGUGGUAAUUUAUAGUAGUUGAUGUUACAUAUUUGUAAUUCAUUAAAAGAGUGAUUUUAAAGUCUAAAGAUGACACCAUGUUAAAACAUUUCGUUGUCAUCGGUACCUUAUAGUGUCCAUGAAUCUCUCAAUAUCUCUUAUGUUUUAGACGACUCUAGCAAGUUUAACUAAUUUGUGGAAACAAAAGUGCUUUUUGUUCUAAUUUAUGUGCGUACACAUUUUAACCACAUGAAAAUGAUGUACAGAGUUCUUGACAAUAAAAGAAACGAAAGGAA